UAUGGGUUUCCCAUCGUCGAUUGUACGUUUACAUGUAGGAUACAUACCUCCGCUCUACACACAAAUCAUUCAUUUCAUCAUGAAAACAUGGAAAGGAAAGGAAAGUAAAAACAAAAUACAAUCGAAAUAAAUGUUGUGAAUUGCUUCAGUAUUUAUGUAUGUGUAUCUACGUGAAAAAAUCUAAAUAAACAUACAAAAUGAGACUAAGAUUUGAACAUUGGUCCCUUCUAUGUAGGGGUCGAAGAAAAAAGAUUAUAGCUCUAAUUAUUGUUCUUAUAUUUCUAAUAAAUGCCAUGUUUUAUGUGGCUAUGACAUUAUUUGAGAGAGUUCAUAAAAGACAUAAUUGGAACGGUAUUCCAGGUAAGCAAUAUGAUAAUAAUUCUUAUUUGGAUAAAAAUGGAAUGAGAGUUAUUGUUGGUCAUUAUAUUGGUGGAAGCAGUGGUAGAAAGUUGCCUGAAGAUGUAAUAAAUGCAAAUUUAUACUCUCCGGUGCCAAUGGCCGGAGAAGGGGGGCGGCCGGUGGAGAUCUACCAGAGAGAGCUGAUAACUGCUAAGGAGCAUUUCUCACUCCAUUAUUACAAUAUUGUAGUUAGUGACAAGAUAUCUAUCAAUAGAAGUCUGCCAGAUGUGAGAAGUAAAAGCUGCAAAGACGUGAAAUAUGACAUAGACAACUUGCCGACGGCCACGGUGAUCAUUGUGUUCCACAACGAGGCGUGGUCCACCCUCAUGAGGACUGUCAUGUCUGUCAUUCGAAGAUCUCGCGACAGUUUGGUUAAACAGAUAAUCUUAGUGGACGACGCGAGCGAAAGGGCAUAUCUAGGGAAAGAGUUGGAAGACGCCAUAAUAGACUUUAAGCAAGUGCAUCUGCUGAGGAAUCCUAAGAGAACUGGCCUGGUGGGGGCGCGGCUGCUGGGGGCCAAGGCAGCCAGCGGCGAUGUGCUGGUGUUCUUGGAUGCUCAUUGCGAGGUGACGGAGGGGUGGCUGGAGCCGCUGCUGGAGCGCGCGGGCAGCGACGACGUGUUCGUGUGUCCGCACAUCGACCUCAUCUCCGAGGACACCUUCGCCUACACCAAGAGCGUGGACGCCCACUGGGGCGCCUUCAGCUGGCGCCUGCACUUCCGCUGGCUCGCGCCCAGCAAGGAGGUCAUGGAUGCCAAGCUGAAGGACCCCGCCAAGCCGUACCCCACCCCGACCAUGGCCGGCGGACUUUUCGCCGUCCGGAAAAGCCUCUUCUGGCGCCUCGGAGGCUACGACGAGGGCAUGGUGAUCUGGGGCUCCGAGAACCUGGAGCUGUCGUGGCGCGCGUGGCAGUGCGGCGCGCGCGUGGAGAUCACGUCGUGCUCGCGCGUGGGCCACAUCUUCCGCAAGCACAGCCCCUACAGCUACCCGGGCGGCGUGCAGCGCGUGCUCAACAACAACCUGGCGCGCGUGGUCUCCGUCUGGAUGGACGAGUACGCAGACUUCUUCUACAAGUUCAACCCGCACGUGGCCGCCGUGCGCGACGACCGCCGCGUGGCCGCCCGCGUGGAGCUCCGCAAGAAUCUGGGCUGCAAAUCGUUCAAAUGGUAUUUGGAUAAUAUAUGGCCGCAGCACUUCUUCCCCAGCGAGGACCGGUGGUUCGGCAGGAUCAAGAACGACCUGGGCGCGUGUCUGGCGCCCAACGCCAGCGUCCCGGGCGUGGGCGGCGCCGCCUCCGCCCAGCCCUGCCAUCCCGACGACCAGCUCGAGGGGCUGGUGGUGUUCACUCCGAAGGGCUCCAUCAUGGUCGACGUCGGGCUUUGCUUGGAGAAGGGCAACGGCCGCGUCGUCUGGAGAUUUUGCAACGAAAACCAUAGACAGUAUUGGGAACAAAAGGGCCCGAGGAUCAAGACGUUGACUGGUCUCUGCCUGACGCUAGUUACGAAUAAACAUCCGGAUCCGAGUGGCAUCGGCGCCCCCUUGACGACGGUGAGGUGCUCGGACGACCCGGCGCAGAUCUGGCAUUUCGAACGAGUGCCUUGGCGUUAAUUGUGAUAUAAAUGUUAAUUUAGAUUAAGUAGCAAUAAGUCGACUGCAAUCUCGUAACCUCUAAUUUUAACAAGAUAUAAUCUUGUAACCGUUUUAUUUUAAUUCGCACGAGGACGUGUUAAAUCCUAAUAUUUUAGUUUUUUUUUUGGCUCUUUAUUUUAGUACUUUAAAAAAUAUUUUAAAAUUGUACUUAUCUCACAAGGUGUUAUUAUCAUAGCACUUGUGCACUGGUUUUUACUUUACAAACUUGACUUUAAUUAACUUUUACUAAAUUAAAAUAUAAUUUUGACCGAUGAAGGUACAAACUAAUAUGUAAACACUGAUUAUGCUAAGUAGGAAAUAUGAUUUAUUUAUGAAUGCAUUUUAUGCAUUCGUUAACCGCCCAGUAUGAGCAGACCAUACCAAGUGAUUUAGUGUAGUUUUUUAGCCAAUAGAUAUACAUACGUAACAAGGCAAUUUUGACGUUUUACAAGUACUUUAGAUUUUUGUAAUUCAGUACCGUCAGCGCGUAUCUGUUAUUUAUUUAUAAUACAGUUCGACGACAUAAAGGUGAAACAGCCGCCAGCGUUGAAAAUGCAGUGUCACAAAAUGUGAAAUUAUUAAUACUGUAUUUAUAUUAAUUAAUUUUAUACAAAAGUCUUGAACGAUUUAAGAUGUCCUUCAAGUUUGUCUUCACGUAUCUAUGAGAACAAAUUCGGAAGUGGUGAAAUUUGACUGAAACAUUACAUUUAUUCAUCAUUAAAUAUUUUUAAAACAACGCCUAAGGUAUAUAUCAUACAAAGGGUUGUAUAUUAUUAGGUACUUAAUACUCAAUUGAAGUUUUUUACUUUUAUAAUGCAAAGCGUUCAUAAAUUUAUAUGACAUUUUUUCAUUCUAGUCUUCAAUAGCUUGACUGAAGAUUUUAUUACGAUUGUAAAAUUCACUUAUGUUAUCGGAAUAGCAGAAAUAGUAAUUUCAUUAUAAUUACAUUCCAUUAGAUUAAUUGUUUAUUAAUGUUUUUCUAUAAAAAAUAUUAUGAUAAAUUUAUUUCAGGUAUGCAUGUUAUUUUACAAAGCAUUGAAAAUGCUAUUUAGUUUUAUGUUGACUUUCUCAUUUUUAUCUUACCACUUGCUUUGUAAUAUUGUUGGCUACAAAAUGAUAGUCAGCUCGAUUUCUAUGAAAAUCUGAAAACUAUUGGUUGUGUAUGCAAUAUUAUUUACUCACUACAUGGAGUAACGAAGUUAAAAGCAAUAAAACAAAUUUUACAUA